AUGUCAGUCGGUUACAACGUCGACGCGCUUCCUCACUAUGCAACCCCGCAUCCACCAGCCCACCCUCCUAGGUCGAACUCGAUGAGCGAGGCGGGUCAAUACCAGGUGCAAUGCCAUACAUACGACUAUUCUCCUCGAUUACCGCUAUCUCAUUGUCCAAACUACUAUCCACCGCCCGGAGAACCGCACCCAUCUCUUACUAACGCCCGCUCUCAAUUGUACAAUGGCUCUCCCCAAACGCCUAUCAAUACCAUCCUCCACCUGCGCAUCAUCCUCCCUAUUACCGUGAACCCGCCAUCACCCAGUCCGACAGUCCCUCGGAAAUGCACACGACGCGUUAAAUGCAUACCACUUGCCGCACCGCAGACAUACGACCAUCCAUUUAUAUACCAGCUACCGACUCUCACUCCAGUGCCCGCCGAUGCAGCGCCAACUCAACAGUCAAAAGGCGGUGUACCACCAGUAGUUGUAUAG